AAGUACUUGAGCCAACAUGUUGAGCUGCUGCCGUCAUCUCCAGUCUUGUCUCCCCUUGGUGCGCUCAUCAUGCGUCCUGUAACUGCUGCUGGGGCCAGAGUAGUUUCAGAGUCAGGAGACUGCGGCGACUGCAGUGGGAGCAUGCUCCAAACUGCAGGCAUGGGAUGCGAGUCAGGCAAAGUAAUGUCCACAAAUAUUAAGCCCACCUCAUCUUAUGACCAAUACUGUGUUUCUGAGAAAGAAGCCUCUGUACGGAAUUUGGAUAAUUUGGAGCGCAGAACUCAAAUUAUCUCACAAACAAUCAAAAUGGCACCAUGCCAGCAACCCAAAAGUGGGACAUUGGUAACCAUUACCACAGAUGUCAGGCAUAACAAUGGUGAACAAGAAUGUAGCAAUGAAGCUUCAUCCAAGACCUUGAGAAGAAGUACAAGCAAAAGAAUGACCGAUUCAUCACCACGAUUUUCAAGAGUAGUAUCAUUUCAUGAUGAAAAAGAGAAAGCGGUUAAGAUUGAAGAAAGGCUCGCUUCUGGAGCUCGUGUUAUAAUCCAGUGUGCACCCUUACUCAAAGAAACUUAUGCCAGUUCUAAAGCAAUGUAACAGAGGAGUUUCCAUCUUGUUUUUCCCACUCUACUUUUUUUCUUUCUUGAUAGUCCGAAGUUGUUGGCAGUAGCUGAAAUUGUGUGAUUCUAUCAGAUUUCUCACCAGGGUAAUAAAUAGAAACGGUUUUCUGUACCUUUCAGGAUAGUUACCAUUAAAUGUCUAUUGUUACCAUAACACUGUACUCUCAUCUCAGUAAAAUAUUUACACUGGCACGGCAGUUAGAAGUC